AUGGUGACAUUCUUAUGGUUCCGAUCCUCCGAUCGGCACCACUCAUUCACAUUUUAUGAUUAUGAGGCUUGGUUUACAUGAGAAUUUAUCUGGGCAAGUCAAAUAAACAACUUGAAAGGGCACACCUACCUCUGACUUGUCCCUAGGGAAUAUAAAGGCCUGUGGUUUAUCACUUCUAUCCUGCAGCAGCGAAGGAGCCUUUAG